CAACACGACAGUUCAGAAGAGAAGAAAGAAAAGUUUUCAAAUAUUGUUUGAGCAGUGAGUAACUGAAGGACGAUGGCAUCUGCUGAACAGCAUUGUGACACACAAGAUGAGCAGAAAGAAGACAAGCUGAAACACAAGGAUGUCCAGAUGAGCAGCAGAGAUCACAGUGAAGUCAGUGUUGAUCUGAAUGCUGAAACUGGAGGAACUGCAAAUGUUCCUGUACUCACUGGAAACACCUUCACAGCCCCAGUGAACAUCAUCUACAACACUGCAGGAAACGCGCCACAAAAAGCCUCAGAAAGACAGACGGAGAAGCACACAGUAGAUCAAGGCUUAACUGCAGAGGACAGUACAGCUGCUCUUCAUGAGAUCAGCCGCAGACUAAAGGACAAAUUAAAACAGGAGUAUGAACGAAUAUUGGUUGGUAAUUCUCAGACGGGUCAUCAGAAAUACCUGAACAAUAUUUACACUGAUCUAUAUGUGGUGGAGAAUGAGACUGGAGGAAUAGUGAGUGAGCACGAGGUGAGACAGAUCGAAUUCAAACAAUUUGAUGCCAAGGACACACCAAUCCAGUGCAAUAACAUUUUUAAAGUCUAUAAUGGUCAACGAAACAGAAGAGUGCUGACGAUGGGCAUCGCAGGGGUAGGAAAAACAGUCUCUGUCAGUAAAUUCAUCCUUGACUGGGCUGAAGGAACAGAAAAUCAGGAUAUUGCAUUAAUAUUUCCUCUUCCAUUCCGUAGACUGAAUUUGAACACAAAAAACUGCAGUCUAAUGGGACUGCUUCACAAAUACUUUAGUUAUCCUAAAGAACUGGCCUCUCUUCCUGAUGGUGACGGUAAAAUCAUGUUCAUCUUUGAUGGGCUGGAUGAAUGUCGCUUCCCUUUGAACUUUAAAAAUAAUGACGGAUUUACAGAUGUUCACAAAGAAACAACAGUGAGUGAGAUAGUUACAAGCCUGAUCAAGAGACAACUGGUUCCUUCUGCUCUCAUCUGGAUCACAACCAGACCAGCAGCAGGCAGUCUGAUACCCAGAGACUACAUUGAUCAGGUGACUGAAGUGCGAGGAUUUAAUGAUGAGCAGAAAGAGCAAUACUUCAACAAAAACAGUAGUCCUGAGGUUGCUGGAAACAUCAUCCGUCACAUCAGGAAAUCCAGGAGCCUGUACAUCAUGUGCCACAUCCCCGUCUUCUGCUGGAUCUCUCUCACUGUUCUUCAGCCUCUACUGGCUCGAGAGAGCAAUGACAAAACACCAACAACUCUCACAGGGAUGUACACAAGCUUCUUACUUACACAGCAGCAAAAGAUGAAAGCAAAAUACAGUGAUGAUCCUGAUCCUGAAGCCAAUGCCAGGUCUUUUGAUCAGAUUAUUCUGAAGCUUGGGAAACUGGCCUUCCAACAGCUGGAGAAAGGAAAUCUGAUUUUCUACAAAGAAGAUCUGGAGGAAUGUGGACUAGAUGUCAGUGAAGGGUCAGUGUUCUCUGGGUUAUGCACUCAAAUCUUUCAGGAGGAAAAAGCUGUUUCAGAAAGAAAUGUUUACAGCUUCGUACAUCUCAGCAUCCAGGAAUUCCUUGCUGCUCUCUAUGUGUUUUUGAUUAGCAAAGAUAAGAAAGCAAAGCUACUUUUUCAAUCCCUGAAAGAAAAACUGACAUGGAAACUGUCCGGAAGGACACUGUUUCAGCUUCAUAAGGCUGCGAUCAACAAGGCUUUACAAAGCGAGAAUGGACACUUGGACCUUUUCCUCCGGUUCUUCCUGGGUCUCUCUCUGGAAUCCAAUCAGAGUGACCUGAAGGAAUUAGUGCCACGACUGAAACUCAAAACAGAGAACAUGAAAAGCACUGCUGACUACAUCAAAAAGAAAAUAGAGCAGAAGAAAUCAGUGGAGAGAACCAUCAAUCUCUUCCACUGUCUAAAUGAAAUGAAAAAUGACUUUGUGGGGGAAAUCCAGAAGAACCUGAGCUCAGGAAAUCUUUCAGCACAGAAUCUCUCCUCUGCUCAGUGGUCUGGUCUGGUGUUUGUGCUCCUGAUGUCAGAAGAGACUCAAGAGAAGUUUGAACUGCAGAAAUACAGAAGAUCUGAUGAAGCAGUGACAAGACUCCUGCCAGUGAUCAAAAACACAAGAAAAGCACUGCUACAAUGCUGUAAUCUCACUGCUCAGUGCUGUAAGAGUUUGUCAUCAGUUCUACAAUCCUCAAACUCCUUCCUGAGAGAGCUGGACCUGAGUAACAAUGACCUACAGGAUUCUGGAGUAAAGCUUCUUUCUGAUGGACUGAAGAGUCCAAACUGUCAGCUGGAGAUACUGAGAUUUUCCAUAUGUCAUCUCACUGCUCAGUGUUGUGAAAGUUUGUCAUCAGUUCUACAAUCCUCAAACUCCUUCCUGAGAGAGCUGGACCUGAGUAACAAUGAUCUACAGGAUUCGGGAAUGAGGCUUCUUUCUGAUGGACUAAAAAGUCCAAACUGUCACCUGGAGAUACUGAGAUUUUCCAUAUGUCAUCUCACUGCUCAGUGUUGUGAGAGUUUGUCAUCAGUUCUACAAUCCUCAAACUCCUUCCUGAGAGAGCUGGACCUGAGUAACAAUGAUCUACAGGAUUCGGGAAUGAGGCUUCUUUCUGAUGGACUAAAAAGUCCAAACUGUCACCUGGAGAUACUGAGAUUUUCCAUAUGUCAUCUCACUGCUCAGUGUUGUGAGAGUUUGUCAUCAGUUCUACAAUCCUCAAACUCCUUCCUGAGAGAGCUGGACCUGAGUAACAAUGAUCUACAGGAUUCGGGAAUGAGGCUUCUUUCUGAUGGACUAAAAAGUCCAAACUGUCAGCUGGAGAUACUGAGAUUUUCCAUAUGUAAUCUCACUGCUCAGUGUUGUGAGAGUUUGUCAUCAGUUCUACAAUCCUCAAACUCCUUCCUGAGAGAGCUGGACCUGAGUAACAAUGACCUACAGGAUUCUGGAGUGAAGCUUGUUUCUGAUGGACUGAAGAGCCCAAACUGUCAGCUGGAGAUACUGAGAUUUUCCAUAUGUAAUCUCACUGCUCAGUGUUGUGAGAGUUUGUCAUCAGUUCUACAAUCCUCAAACUCCUUCCUGAGAGAGCUGGACCUGAGUAACAAUGACCUACAGGAUUCUGGAGUGAAGCUUCUUUCUGAUGGACUGAAGAGCCCAAACUGUCAGCUGGAGAUACUGAGGUUGUCUGGCUGUAUGGUGACAGAGGAAGGCUGUGGUUAUGUGUCUUCAGCUCUGAGUUCAAACCCCUCACACCUGAGAGAGCUGGACCUGAGCUACAAUCACCCAGGAGAUUCAUUCAUUGAUAAAUUCAACCAUCAAAACUGCACACUGGAUAAACUUAAUGUGGAUCAUGGGGGAGAGUUCAGGAUAACAGCAGGACUACACAAAUAUUCCCAUCGGAUCACUCUGGAUCUGAACACAGUGAAUAAACACCUCCGUCUGUCUGAGAGCAACACAGUGAUUACACGCACUGACACACCGCAGUCGUAUCCUGAUCAUCCAGACAGAUUUGAUUAUCAUCAUCAGGUGUUGUGUAGAGAGAGUGUGUGUGAUCGACGCUGUUACUGGGAGAUUGUGUGGAGUGGAGAUUAUGUGUGUAUAUCAGUGUCAUAUAAGAGCAUCAGCAGGAAGGGACGGGGUCAUGAGUGUCGGUUUGGAUAUAAUGCUCAGUCCUGCAGUUUGAUCUGCUCUUCUGUCGGUUACUCAUUCAGACACAAUAACAUAGAGACUGUUCUCCCUGUAGAGCCCAUCAAGAUCAGGAGAGCAGGAGUGAAUGAUGAUGAUGAUGAUGAUGAUCACUAUAGAGUAGGAGUGUAUGUGGAUCACAGUGCAGGAACUCUGUCCUUCUACAGCGUCUCUGGAGACACAAUGAUCCUCAUCCACACACUCCAGACCACAUUCACUCAACCGCUCUAUCCUGGGAUUGGUGUUGAAUAUGGAUCAGUGAAACUGUGUUGAUGAAUCAGAACAGACUGACGAGAGAUUCUACCCAUAAUGCUUUGAGCUCAUGAUGAAUCAGUGACAGUGAGAUGAUAUAGAGUCUCUUCAUUACAUUAAUACUGAAAUAUCAUGACACAAUAAAUGAGUGUGUGUGUGUGUGUGUGCGUGUGUGUGUGAGUGAGUGUGUGUGUGCGUGUGUGUGUGAGAGUGUGUGUGUGUGAGUGUGUGUGUGUGAGUGUGUGUGUGAGUGUGUGUGUGUGUGUGUGUGAGUGUGUGUGUGUGUGUGUGAGAGUGAGUGUGUGUGUGUGUGUGUUAAUGACUCAAAAUCACAUGAUUAAAUAAAUGUUGAAAUAUUGUAGUAAA